GCAUACAGAUCCAAGAACGAUGAACUCACUGUGAACGGCGCUACUCUAUACAGAGAGCUCAACGCGGCCGAAGAGCUAACCGAGGCGGCUCAUGGCAGGGCCGAAGAGCCUGAAGGGCGGAACAGGAAUCUUGCGGAGCAGAACUCGUUCUUGCUACGCAACCUGGGUCAGGCUCAUGAAAGAUCCGUGCUCUGGAAACAGGUGCCGCCGUGCAUGAUUAGACAACUGACACUGCAGGCAAUCCGAGGGACAUGGCGAUCCACGAACUGGAUUCGAACGAAAAUGGAAUAACCACGGCGUAAUUCCUGGAGCUUCAGGCCAGGACAAAGGAAAUGGAUAGAGAGCAUGAGGAGGUGGUGGGAAUCUAUAAGAACGCACUAUCUCGCCUUGAAGCACGUCGCUCGGUGGCAGAUCGAAAAUUGAAACAGUCUGAAUCAGACCACUGACAGAACCCGUUGCACGGAU